CCGAGCCUCGGCAGUGACGAAGCCUCCGGCUCCCGGCCCGGACGCCUGGCUGUGCUACGGUCUCCAGCUCCUGGCGCUGGGCAGCUCUGCUGCGUCACCCCGACAUGAAGUGGCUUUGGGUGGUGGCUUUCGUGGCACCUGCCUGCACUGCUCCCCGCAAUGGCACAGCGGGGGGUGCCAGGGAUGGAGGCAGCUGCGCCCUGCAGCACGGCGUGCUGGGCACUGAGGUGCUGCUGCGGUGCCCGGCGGUGGCGGGGGCCCCGGCUGUGUGGCGCUGGGGGGACACCCCCCUGGGGAUGCACCCCGCGCCUGGGCUGGCCCUGCCCAACGCCAGCCUGGCCCACGAGGGUCGCUACAGCUGCCACCACCCUGCCACCGGCGAGACCUGGGCCACCGUCUGCCUGCGCCUGGGCUAUCCCCCUGCACCGCCCGCUGUCGAGUGCUGGGCCAUCAGCUACCCGCAGGCGGUGAACUGCUCCUGGGCCGCUGAGCCUGAGCCGCUGCUGGAGACGGACUACAUCACCACAUACAGGCAUGGCGUGUGGGGGGCCAGAGGGAGCGGCGAGUGCGUCCGCACGGGGCCUCACAGCUGCUCCUUCGGCGACAUCCAGAUGUUCUCCCUCAUCCCCUACGUGCUGAACGUGACGGCCGUGAACCCCCUGGGUGCCGCCUCGCGCCUCCUCCCCUUCCUCGUGGAGGACAUCAUAAAGCCGGACCCCCCCGAGGACCUGCGGGUUUUGCCUAUCCCCGGGGAGACCAAGAAGCUGCUGCUGGAGUGGAGCCCACCAGGGUCCUGGCCCUUCCCUGAGUACUUCCCGCUCAAGUACUGCAUCCGCUACGCACGGGAUGAGGGCUCCAGCCCCCAAACGAUCGGGCCCUACGAGCAGACCUCCUUCACCCUGACGGGGUUGCGCCCAGGCACCCUGCACCACGUCCAGGUGGCCGCGAAGGACUUCACGGACUACGGGGAGUUCAGUGCCUGGAGCCGGCCAGCCUCAGGGAUGCCCUGGACACAGCCGUGAUGGCGGCGCAGCGGGACCCCACACACCCCAGCACCUCGGUCCCCAUGUCACGAGCAGUGCUGAGCCACCAGCACCAGGAGUGACCUGCCACCGGUGUCCCCCUCCCCGCAUCGCCAGGCCUGGCCCUGCUGAACCCCUCGAGCUGAGCUGUGUCUGCACUUCACACAGAAUGGUUGAGGCUGGAAGGCACCUCUGGAGAUAACUAGUCCAAACCCCACCCUGCUCAAGCAGGGUCACCUAGAGCACGUUGCACAGGAUCGCGUCCAGGCAGAUUUUGAACACCUCCAGAGAAGAAGACUCCACAACCUCUCUGGGCAACCUGUUCCAGUGCUCUGUCACCCUCACAGUAAAGAAUUUUUUCCUCAUA